UCGACUGAUUCCCUCGUUUUGUAUCACAUUCUCAAUUCCCGCUCUCUGUUUUCCCUCUAAUUCGGAUUCCUCUUCCCUCUCUUCCAUGGCUGGCUACGAACCCCCCUCUUUCGAUCUGGGUAUCGAUUCGGAGCUCCAAGAAUCCUUUGAGGAGUUUCCGGUCCAAAUAGUAGCUUCCGACCCCAUAACAAAUGGACCUGCAAACGGGGACGAAGCCUUCCUGCCAGAAGUCAUGGACUCGGAUCCUGAAACAGUUCCGGAACCGCCCCGUAUUCUCAAGCGGCUCAGGCGAGGGCCCCCCACCACCAAAACGCCGUCGUUUCGGUUGUUCCGGGAAUCGCAGCAAUUUUGUGGUGCGGUUGACGAUGAGAUUGAAGAAUUUUCAUCACAAGACGAAGGUUUUCUUAGAGAUGCAUAUCCACCAUCGCAGCACCAAUCCAUGUGUAGCAGUUCUAAGAUCCCAUUGCAUGGUUGUGGUGUUUUGACCACUGAAUCAUCAAGCCAGAUGAAGGCAAGGAAAAGGAAACCGGUUUCUGAUACCCCAGCUUCAAUGAGCUUGCAAACAAGCCGCAAUGCAUCGAUGUUUCCAAAGUUAACGAUCAGUCCUCUUAGAAGGUUCCAGUUACUUGAUUCUGAUUCUGAUGAUUCAUCCGGUCAUGACAAUUUAAGCAGAGAAGCUCAUAAAACUGGUCCAUGCUCAACAGAACAACAAUCUAACCCCCACUCUCCUGCAAUUUUAAGGGAACAAAAGAUCAAAGUGUCAGGUAUUACGAGUCAAAAUGAGGAUUUAUGGAAAGAUUUCUGCCCAAAGAAGAGUGUUUGCAUUCCAACUCCUGCUUUGGAUGAGGUUUUUGAAGAAUACUACCAGUCUUUGAAGGACAAGAACUUGAACUGGAAACUGAGGAACAAUGUAUGCACAAGUAACAAAGAGGCUACAAGUAGCAGCCAAAAUGAUGAACAAGUGUGGAAUUCGGAAGACCCCUUUCCUCCUGUUCAUCGAUAUUUUUUCCAUGAUGAUCCAAGAAUUCAGAAAUUAGUCCGCAAUCGCUUACCCAACUUUUCCCCACUUGGUAUUAUUAAGAACAGAGGACAUCAACAACCUAAUGCAUCAGUUAUUGAUUACAUGAGACAAUUCAACCAUGAAGAAACUUCUAAACAGAAAGCAACCCGGAAAACCAGUUUUGAGAAAAGCUCCAGACGUGGAAGAAAUAAAUCCGAUGUAUCGAAUGAAGAAGAAUUGCUUGCUUCUGGAGGCUGGAUGGACCCCAAAGUCAUUUCGGCAUUUGGCAAGGGAGAAACUUCUAAACAAAAAGCAACUCGGAAAAUCAAUGUUGACAACAGGUCUACAAAGGGAAGAAAUAACUCAAAACGAUCCAAAAAAUCAAAUAACGGAGAAGGAUUGAAGACUCCUGGAAGUUGGGUGGACCGCAAAAGCUCUAUCAGCACUCCAAAUGAUGCUGGUAAAAGAUCAGUUCAUGCAAAUGGCCAGUCUGCAGGUCAUUGGUAUACAAGCCCAGAAGGAAGGAGGGUUUAUGUCACCAGAGGUGGGCAGGAGUUGACAGGUCGAAGCGCUUAUGGACAUUACCGGAAGGAGAGUGGAGCAGGGUUUAGGAAGUCGAAAAAGAAAACUAGGGCCAAGAAGAGAAAUGGCUGAAGCUCGAUGCUCGAGAUACCCACACGACUUUUAUCCAUUUGUUGUAAUUAUUUGUUGAAUGUACAAUGGACAUUGACCAAUUGUCUUUUCCUUUGAUUUUUUUUUUUCCCGUAAUUUUUUUGACUUGUCUUUCAAGUUCUUCGUAGUGGUUCUUGGGGUAGUCUUUAACAAAGAGUGCAAAUUUACAACUCUAUACAAGAUGCUGAUACAUCAGUGUUUUA